AUGAAUCAAUUGAUCUUUGAUCGAUCAACGGGCAAUCUCGACCCAAAUGCCUUUGCGCGCAUCCAAACCACCCAGCUAAUCCAUGCGAUUUCACCGGCUCCAAAGCUACAAUUCAAUGGUGGUGAAACCCCUCCGACGAUAGCUGCAGAUGCGGAAGCUCGAGAUUAUGAACCGGCGAAGCUAUGGGCGCACCAGACUGGAGUGAAUGCACUUUCGAUAGAUAGAUUCGAAGGAAAAAUUCUUCUUUCUGGUGGUGCAGAUGCAUCCAUCAAAGUUUGGGAUCUUGAUCAAAUCCCCACCGGGGCAUCAAAAUAUACAUUCCGACCAACCGGAAUAGUCCCCAGAGACUCUCCAACCAUCUGCAGACUUCGACCUAAACUCCAUCGUCUAUUCCCAUGCCGUAUCUCCCAUUGCACAGCAUCUCCUGGUGGCUUGCGCGACCCAGCUGUCAGGCUCGUAGAUCUUCGGUCCGGCGCAAGUACACAUUCAUUAGCCGGACAUCAUGGGGCUUUGCUUUCAGUCGCUUGGCAUCCGAACGUUGAUCAUAUACUAGCGAGUGAGUGUGUCGAUGGUACCAUUCGUCUGUGGGAUAUUCGAAAGAGUUCUGGCGCAGUGGGUUCCCUAGAUUUGGAAGAUGCGAUAGGGAUUACGGUUACAAAUGGCUACGGGUGCAAAUACCCUUGCGAGCUUUGGGCCAACACUGAAGAAUGGGCAUCUCUCAAGUUUGCCUAUUGUAGUAUCACCCACAGCAUUGACGCCUCCCAUGAAAGAACUCUUACUUUUUCCCAACGAAACAGAAAUCCUAGUUUUCAACUCCACGAGGGUCGUCUUCUCAAGCGACUCAAGGUUCCUGGUCCCAAUGUAGCAGCAGUGCGAUCUCGAACCGGAGAACGAAAUAUUAAAAAUCGUAUUACAGCGUUGGCUUGGAGAGAGCCGGCCGAUGGCAUAUACUCUGCUCAUACGGAUGGGCAGAUUAGAGCAUGGCGACCCCGUACUGAAGAAGAUGCAGAAUUAGACCGUGAGGAAGAGAGGGAAAUAGCUGAUACUGAUGAUUCUGAGGGAGGAAAGAGGAAGAGGAAUGUCUUGGAUGAUGUAUUUAGAGAUUUGACAAGGCAGAAAAUUAGUUUUGGUUAG